CGAUUUUCAGAGAAAUUUCUAUUUUUAGAGAGAGAGAAGAGAGAAAAGCUUAAGGAAGAAGAAGGAAGCAGAAGAAGGAGAAGGAGCUUGAGGAGAGGGAGCAUCUUCCUCGCCCCAAGUCUUCUUUGUUUCUUCUCCCUUCUUUAUGGAGUAGACCUCUAAGCCUAAGGUACUAGGGGUUCUAAACUCCAAGCCCUAGUUUUAGGGUUUAUUAUGUAUGUAUGAAUAUUUUAGGGUUUGAAUGAAUGUGUUUAUCUAGUUGAUUCUAUUGCUAUUCUCUCCAUGAUUGUGUUUGGGUAAGUCGCCCUAAUCUUCUCUAUUAGCCUAGUUUAUGCUUCUAUGUUGGGUAUGGAGUUCUAUGGUUAUACGGGUCUGCUUCAUCAAGCAAAUCGAGAUAAAUGAAUGAAUAGGGGCCUAUGGUGGUCGAGGCAACCGAACCCUUGCCGUAGGGUAGCCUUCCUAGAGAACCCGGGAUGAAAACUCAUUGUGGAUGGUGAAUAGUGUCCAUUGAAAUGAGCGUGUUGAUAACCAUAAAAUCCCACGAAAAAGAGCUCACCCACCACAUUCGAUAACCCUAAGUAUUUGUGCAUGCAUAGUAACCCUAAGCUAGGGGAGGAUUAGUUCCCCGAUGAUUUUAGAUUUGAUCAAUUUCUAGUCUAGUUAUCUCCUAAAGUCCUCCACUCAAACCUCCAAAACCGAUUGACUAAUUAGCAACAAGGUGAGAAGUAGGCUAGGGUACCAGGACCAAAGUAAAAUACGACCUUGAUCACCACUAUACGAUAAUGAUGUCUUAAGUUAAACUUGGCUUAGGGUAGUUGUGGACACAUGCUAACCAUUGACAAUAAUAUGCACGGAUUGAACCGAUCAAGCUUUUUGGCGCUGUUGUCGGGGAACCUUGGUAAGUAGUAGAAAACCAUCAAGUUGUUAGUUAGUCUUUAUCUUGUUUUUGUUGUUUGUUUUAUUUUGCGUUCUUGUUUGUGUUUUUGUGUGUUUUUGUUAUUUUCGCGUUUGUUUCUUUUUGUGCUUAGUUUUUCACCCAUUCUUCUCCCCAAAGGGUGGUUUGUGUGUGUUUGAUUUUCCUUUUAGAGUUUUUUUUUGUGUAGAAGCUUUUGAAUCAUGGAUCCUUAUGACUUCACCAAAUUGAGGGAGUAUUCAUCAAUACCCGAAGAUGGUUAUCCCAAAGCUUCAUGGAACAAUCAAGAUGGUGGAAGUCAAGGGUUCGGAUUCUUUUACCAACCCCCUCCCAAGAAAAAGAACCAUAUCAAUGGAGAUAUGAAGAGGCUUCCUCAUUCCAAGAAGAUUUCCUUCCAAUACCGAAGCCAAGGAGCGAGCUCCGAGGUAAAAUCCUCAGCCACCACUCCUAGUGACUCAUCUUUUCUAUGGUCAACAGAGGAGUUCCUCCAAAAAAUGGAGAGACUAGGAGAGAUUGUCGAGCAAGCAUGUGCACGACUUAUUCACAAUCAUCUCCUACCAAUUGUAGAAAAAGGAAAGGAGGUUGAAGAGGCGAUAAGGAAGGAUGUGGAGGAGGAAAUGAGCAUUAAAAAAGAGGAAGAUCUUGAACGCUCCCAAGUGGUGGAACGAAUUGAAGAAAAGAGAAGGGAGGUUGAAGAAGCAAAUGGUGCCCAUGAUGAGGACGAUAUCGUUGUGGAUGAAGUUUCAACAAGUUACAAGUAAUAUCAAAGCUUUCCACCCGACCUCGAUGCACUUUGGAGAAGGACCCAUUUGCAGCUCUUUGCUAAGCCAAGGCCAAAGCAUUGGCGAUCCCUCUUGGUGGAUGCGAUGAAAUUCAAUUAAGUGUGCACUACAUGACGUGGGGCAAAGAGGAAAAGGACCAAGGAAAGAAGGCGAGGUCUCGUGGAUGGAGCCCCAUGCCAAUUCAAGUAAAUGAGCCCUCACACGAACCAAACCUCCACUACCGAAGUAAAUUCGGUACAAAUAGUGAAUUGGCUCCUCGACUAAAGUCGCCAAUUCACUACCUUCAAUUAAGGAUGCUCUAUCAACCUAGGCAGGUAUUCUCUUUCUAGGUUAAAGCAGAAACAACAGGAAUUUGAUCAGGAUUCAUGCCAUUAAACAACUCAAACCUCAAUUGAAUAUAAUCAAAUCAUAUAAUCUGUAUUUGGGUUCAUACAAUCAGACCUAACAUACAAAUCUAGGGUUCUCCAUAUCCAAUGAGGAAGUUACUCCUUGGACAGAAAAGCAAAAGCAAGCUCAGAUGCAUAUAUCAUGCUGUGAAGGAUGGGUUUCUGCUCCUGGUCGUCAAUCGGCACUUCUCCAAGUGUGAGCCAAGCUCCAAUAGUGAUGAAGAUCAAGCUAGGGCACUUGGGAGCUCUGGUUCGUCGCUUUCUCUCUCUAGGAAUCGCUUUUUGUCUCUAAGACUCGAAACUCCCUCUCCUUUGGCUCAAAUCUGCCUAAAAAGGUUGACUAUGGGAAAAACACAGGCGAGGGCACGGCCGUGUUUUCUUUUUCCCGUCCGUGCCCUUGCCACGUGUUAAAAACACGCUCACAUCUUGGGGAAAACAUAGUCAUGCCUAUAGUUGGACACAACCGUGUUUUUUGUCACUCCCGCCCGUGUUUUGGGCCAGCGCAGGAGCACCUUGGAUCAAGCCUUGGCAUAAAUAACACGGUCCAUGAACACGGCCAUGUUUUGGUUUAGUCCAGCCCGUGCUUUAGCCCCAGCUCGACCGAAUGACUUCCAAAUGCCCCAACUCGUGCUUAGCCUUUCCUUCGACGUCUGGAACCUGAAAUAUGACAAAGUAGCACAACCCGGCGUAAAAUAGGCCAAAAAUACACGACUACGUCUUGUAAACGGAUAAGAACUAGGGGUGCAAACAUGUGCAAUUACAUCGUUAUCAAAUUCCCCCACACUUAACCAUUUGCUUGUCCCCAAGCAAACCAAGUCAGAAACAAAGUAAGCUCAAAACGUUUUAAUCAAGCAGGCAUUAGGGGCAUGUCAUAUCGGCACAAAACACGUGAAUCAUACUGGCUUUUGGUCAUUAACACAUGGACAACCUCAACGACAACCUAGACAACCACCACAGAUGACAUUCGAGUGAAGCAAAGUCGAGCAAAGGAAGAGUCUCCCUUCUGUUCACCAACCAACAUAGACUUGACUCAACCACUUAUUCAAGACAGUCACUUCAUGCAUAAAGCUCAAGAUAUCAGAAUUAAGACCGAGCAAUCAAGGUCCUCACCGGGAUAAAGAGUAUAGAGAAUA